CAUGCGCAAUGAUGAUAAAAAUGAAAACAUGGCCGCGGAAGUGACACCCAAGAAACCUCCCGAUUGGAAAAAUUUAACAGACACAGUUCAGGACGCCGAAUCUUUGCGACAAGAGUCAAUUAAUGCACAUCAUGAUCAUCUGAUUACAGAAAUAGAGACUUCAGAUGGUCCACUUGGCACAUCGCUGAGAGCUGUGUAUGAGGGGGAUGAAUUAGAGAAAUUUAAAGACAGUCUAAAUGAGCACAUAAAGAAUCAUGACAAGGAGAUUGAGCGAAUGUGUAACUACCAUUACCAGGGGUUUAUUGACUCAAUUCGUGAACUCCUGAAAGUCAGCUGUGAUGCUGCACAGCUCAAGGAGGAAAUUUCUGAUGUGAACAGUUCACUGCAAGACUCUUGUAAGCCAUUGUUAACAAAAGGGGAGGAGCUAGUCAAAAGUAGGCGUGUCCAGAGAAACAUAGCAUCAGCUGUUGAAAACUUAACUUUGUGUUUACCAGUGUUAGAAAUGUAUGGCAAACUACAAGAACAAAUGUCAACAAAGAGAUAUUACCCAGCAUUGAAGACACUAGAGCAGCUUGAGCACACCUAUCUCCCGCGUGUGGAAACUCACUGGUUCUCGCAGACAAUGAAGGAAGCCAUUCCCAAACUCCGGGAACAAAUAAAAGAUGCUAGUAUGUCAGAUCUCAAGGACUUUUUGGAAAACAUCAGAAAACACUCAGCAAAAAUUGGAGAAGUAGCAAUGAAGCAUGCUGCUGAACAGAAUAAUAUGGAUCCAGCCAUAGUACAGUCCAAUAAGAAAGUGAAAACAAAGAGGGCACCUAAACCUCCCAACCCGUUUACUGGGGAGAUUGAGAAAGAGGAGGAGGAUCAAUCUAAGGGUGUUAUUGCUGACCCCAGCGGGGAUGAUAUGGGGGAGCUGAGUGCACAAGAUCUGAUAGACUUUUCUCCUGUGUAUAGAUGUCUUCAUAUCUACACUGUAUUGGGAGACAAAGAGAAAUUUGAAACUUACUACAGAAAACAAAGACGAAAACAAGCUAGACUUUCUCUCCAACCCCCAUCUAAUAUGCAUGAAUCCAUUGAAAACUUCAAGAGAUAUUUCCAUGAUAUUGUUGGGUUCUUUGUGGUAGAGGAUCACAUUCUGAGUACCACUCAGGGACUCGUAAAUCGAGCCUACAUGGAUGAGCUCUGGGAAAUGUCAGUCUCCAAACUCGCUGCUUCUCUCAGAACAAGUGCUGCCUCCUGUAAGGAUUCGGAGAUGAUGCUAGAUAUUAAGAAGCUGAUUGUACUGUUCUGUCAUACCCUGAGGGGGUAUGGUUUUAGUGUAGGACAUCUAUUAGAGUUGCUGUUAGAGAUGAGAGACCAAUAUAGUGAUAUUCUGACCAGACAGUGGGUAGACAUCUUCAAUGAGAUCUUCAAUGAGGAUAACUACACUCCUAUCUAUGUAGAGUCAGUAGAGGAGUAUACAGCUAUUGUCACACAGUUUCCAUUCCAAGAUGAAGAGCUUGAACAGGAAUCAUUCCCAAAAAGAUUUCCCUUUUCCCUUUUUGUGCCAAAUAUCUACACACAAGUCAAAGCAUACAUCAAUGCUUGCCUCAAAUUCUCUGCUGAUUUACACUUAAGCCAUACAGAAAUAGAUGAUAUGAUUCGGAAAUCAACAAACCUGUUACUGACCAGAACACUGGGUAGUUGUUUGUCUUCGUUAAUCAAGAGGCGGGACUUAACGUUACUACAGUUGAUACAAAUUGCCAUAAAUAUGAAUUACUUGGAGAAAUCUUGCAGCUACCUAGAAGAAUAUAUUUCUACCAUAACGGGAGCCCAGAGUGAUAGUGUACACAUGGCAAGGCUCCAUGGAACCUCAAUGUUUAAGGAUUCCAGAAGUGAUGCGGAGGAGCACAUAUACAACAAACUUAAUUUAAAGAUUAGUGAAUUCAUAGAACUAGCUAACUAUGACUGGUUGCUGCCCGAGUCUAAGGGACACGCUAGCGGUUAUAUCACAGAUCUGGUGGCUUUCCUUCAGAGUACCUUCAUGUCUUUCACAAACCUUCCAGAAAAGGUCGCCAAAACUUCUUGUAUGUCUGCAUGUAAACAUGUGGCUACAUCCCUAAUGGAGUUUAUAAUGGAUAACAACGUCAAACAUGUGACUAUGGGAGCACUGCAGCAGUUCAACCUUGACCUUAUUCAGUGUGAACAAUUUGCAGCUUCUGCUCCAGUACCUGGUACAAGAGAUGGGACGUUACUCAUGGCGUUUGCUGAUCUUAGGCAACUUUUGGACCUCUUCCUGAACUGGGACUGGUCCAUUUACCUGGCAGAUUAUGGUCAGCCUACAUCCAAAUAUAUCCGGGUGAAACCUAGUGAUGCCAUUAGUUUGUUAGAAAAGCUGAGUAAUACCGACAAUAAGAAAAAGAACUUGUUUACGUCUUUGAAAAAGAAUGAAAGAGACAAGAAAAAAUUGAUAGAUACUGUCUUAAAGCAACUUCGUGGGUUAGUGAAUGGAACUCCUUCCAUAUGAAUUUUGAAAGCAACACUGGAAGAACAGUAUUACCUAGGAGAUCAAACUUCUGAAGAUUUGAAAUUUCUGGAAUGCAGUCAUUGGCUAUAUCAACUCAAAGGAUUUUUUUAUAUCAGUGUGUCCACAUGAAAAUAAGUUCAACAGGAUUUUUAUUCUUGUUCAUUUUUUAAAGUCACUGAUCAAUUGAAUGAAAUAUGUUUUUGAUAAUACUUGUGUGAAUUGAUGCUAAUUAAUGUAAUUUUUAAUGUAUAACUACCAAUAUGAGAUGUUAAGUUUGAAGCUACCAAAUAUUCCACGAUACUGAAUAUUUUGUACAUCAAUAUCAAUAGAUAUAUGCACGUUUUCCGUACCAAUUGUAACCUCUGAGGUUAUUCCUUGUAUUAUUUUAAUACAGACUGCUGUUUUUUGGCGGUCAUUUAACAUUAGUGUUAAGAGUUGAUUUGUCGCAUCUAGAAAUUGCACCCUUUUUAUAGUUGUAUGAUGUAGGUAAUAAUUUUAACUAAAAGCAAACAUUUAAAACAUGAAUGAUGCAAUUUAUUUUCUACAUAUAAAAAUUAUCCCAUCUCACACCAACACAUAGUUCUUUUGAACAGUCUUUUUUACUCAAUAACCAUUAAUUCCAGUAUUUAUAAUUUUGGUUGUUAAAGAUCAAUUCUCAUUAAUGUCACACACAUAAAGAGACAUUUAUCACAGUUUGAAUGAGUGAUCUGAUUGUCAUUUGUGUAGAUAUAUAUCACUUGUAAAACUUAAUGCUUGCACAUACUGCAGCAUUUACAUUGUUUAUCAUGUACCAAACAAGUCACAAACUCAUUGUCACUUCAGCUGCUGCAUAUGAUAGUCUUGAUCAUUAAAUGGACUUGAUGCAGCUUCAAUUUUAACAGAUGCUUCCAUUGUCACUCACAUGUAUAUGUAAAACACAAGGGGUGCUUCUUUCAAGAUUUAUUUUGAGCAUCACAUGUAAUAGCCACCAGUACAGCCACAGUAAGGUUUGGGUAAUCCUUUGUACAAAUCUUAUUUAUUGGUAAUACCUAUAUAAUAUAAAGCUACUACCAUAUUUUGGCUUGAGGGGUUAAACAUAGUAUCCAAAUAUACUACAACAGAUAUACUGUGCCAGUAGUUAGCAUCAGUUUGAAGACAUCUUGUUUGUAUUUAGAUGGUGGUAAGCCACUUUGUGUGAUUUAUCAUUUUUGCAAAAAAAGAAGUUAGUUGCAAGUGUUAUGAAUUCUAAGUGCAAGGGCUAGGGAGGGUUUCAAUAUUUAUUAAUCAAUGUGCAAUAUAACAAGUGAUCCCAAUUACAUCACUUUUAUCAUAUGUAUUUCUUUGUUGAUUUUAUUUCCUUGUGCUUGAAAAUUUGGAAAUAAAAGUUAAAUUAUU